GCUGCGUGCACCAAUCGAUCUGUGGACCGCUACAACUUCACUCCGCGAUCAACUGUCGAUGUCAACGUUACUACCCGAAAAAAAAACUUAAAAAAAAACAUCCUAUUUUGUAAUGAAUUAAGUCUAAGUUAGCAGUAUGGAGGGGCGGAGGACCUGGGAUGGGAUGCCUUUGGGGGAGUCCCACUCGCCGCCGCAGUCGGUGCCGGGGCGAAGGACCCCGCUGGGUGCUGUGGGGCUCGGCGGGUUCUACAUGCAGGGCGGGCAGCCUCCGCCUCCCCAGCACUGCUAUCCCACGGAUGAGAAUCAGCCGGAGCCGGGAACCAGCUAUGCUCAAAGACCGAUGGGAGAAGGGAAAGGUAAACAAAAGAUGCGCCAAGGGAAGACAGUGAGACUUAACAUUAACGCCAGAGAACGGAGACGAAUGCAUGAUCUGAAUGACGCCCUAGAUGAACUCCGCGGAGUCAUACCUUACGCCCACUCGCCGUCCGUGCGAAAGCUGUCCAAGAUAGCAACCCUCCUCCUCGCCAAGAACUACAUCCUGAUGCAGGCCAGCGCACUUGACGAGUUACGAAGAUUGGUAGCUUACCUUCAGAGCACAGCGUCUGCUGCAGGCAUCGUGCCGCCGCCCGGGUUCGACCUGACGAGCUUUCCCGCAGCCGCCAAGCUGCUCCAGCCCCCCACCGGACCCCCCGCACCCUCCGAGCCGCCAUCUUGAGAACCAGCUGUCAAAGUAGAACCAUAAGUAUUUCGCCAUAACUAGAUUAUAUUAUAAUAGUAAUAUG